UGAUUGGAGAACCUGGACGUUUCAUGAGGGAAUCUUCAUGAAUAGCAAUUCUGUAUUAGAAAACGCAUGCUCAUCCAUUUUUUAAGGAUCUGUUGAGUGCUUAAGUUUUAAUAUGCUUUCAAUUAAUUCAAAUCCCAGCAACACAUCAGUUCUUCAGGACACGGUUUCUUUUGAUCAGUGUCCUAUUCAAGAAGAAUGUUUUUAUGAAACAGCACCAACAGCCUUUGACUUAUCAAAUGACGAGAAAGUGAUUUGCUAUCAGCCCUUAAAGGAUGCAGAAUUAAUUCAAAUAAAUUACUCCCAGGACAGUGAGGUAACUAAAGUUGAUUCCUUCAGUGGGCAUACUGGUGUAGUAAUGAAGCCAGACAUUGGGCAACAAAGUAGAUUUCUCGAGGAAAGAAUGAAGUCGUACUAUUUUGAUUGUGGUAAUCAACCAAGGGAUAGCUUAUGGACCUAUAAGUACCAGCCAAAAAAUGCCCUGGAGGUAUGUGGCAACGAUGAAUCUGUGAAUUUUUUGAGUCAGUGGCUCCAGCAUUGGCGUGAAAGAAAUUUUCGUAUCAGCAAGGAAACUAUUAAUUGUGAUACAGGUGAUAGGGGAGAUGACGAUUAUAUUUGUUCUGAAAGUGACUCUGAUAUAGAAAAAGAACGGGAAGGGGGUGGCCUGAAAAAUGUACUCUUAGUUACUGGGCCGGUUGGGAUUAAGAUCUAUGACUCAAGUGUUGCAGAGUGGAAAGUCUGCUGCUAUUUAUGCUUGUGCACGAGAGCAAGGAUUUGAGGUUUUGGAGGUCAGCACAUCAGAAUGUCCAAAUGGAGCUCUUGUUAAGCAGAGGUUUGGUGAGGCUUUAGAAUCACGUCAACUUAAAAGGUUCUUCUCAUAUAUAUUCCUUUAGAAAUAGCUGUCGUACUCGGGGCUUUCUAAAGUUCACUUUUUUACUUCAUUUGCUAUAAACGCAGUUUCUCCACAUUCAGAGUUUCUUUUUCA